GUCACCGCCCCGGCGCUCGGCGCUCGCUGCAGCCCCGGCCCCCGCCAGCCGGCGCGGAGCUCACCAUGGCGGCCACGGACUUGGAACGCGUCUCGAAUGUGGAGCCCGAGCCCCGAAGCCUGUCCCUGGGUGGCCAUGUGGGCUUCGACAGCCUCCCUGACCAGCUGGUCAGCAAGUCAGUCACACAGGGCUUCAGCUUCAACAUCCUCUGUGUGGGGGAGACUGGCAUUGGCAAGUCUACGCUGAUGAACACACUCUUCAACACCAACUUCGAGACAGAGGAAGCCAGUCACCACGAGGAGUGUGUGCGCCUCCGGCCCCAGACCUAUGACCUCCAAGAGAGCAAUGUGCACCUCAAACUGACCAUCGUGGACGCCGUGGGCUUCGGGGAUCAGAUCAACAAGGAUGAGAGUUACAGGCCUAUAGUUGACUACAUCGACGCGCAGUUUGAAAACUAUCUACAAGAAGAACUGAAGAUCCGCCGCUCCCUCUUUGACUACCACGACACGAGGAUCCACGUCUGCCUCUAUUUCAUCACACCCACGGGGCAUUCCCUAAAGUCUCUGGAUCUGGUGACCAUGAAGAAACUAGACAGCAAGGUGAACAUAAUCCCUAUCAUUGCCAAGGCGGACACCAUCUCCAAGAGUGAGCUGCACAAGUUCAAGAUCAAGAUCAUGGGCGAGUUGGUCAGCAAUGGAGUCCAGAUCUACCAGUUCCCCACUGACGAUGAGGCUGUGGCAGAGAUUAAUGCAGUCAUGAAUGCGCACCUGCCCUUUGCCGUGGUGGGCAGCACCGAGGAGGUGAAGGUGGGGAACAAACUGGUCCGGGCGCGGCAGUACCCUUGGGGAGUGGUACAGGUGGAGAAUGAGAAUCACUGCGACUUCGUGAAGCUGCGGGAGAUGCUGAUCCGGGUGAACAUGGAGGACCUGCGCGAGCAGACGCACAGUCGGCACUAUGAGCUGUACCGGCGCUGCAAGUUAGAAGAGAUGGGCUUCCAGGACAGCGACGGUGACAGCCAGCCCUUCAGCCUACAGGAGACCUACGAGGCCAAGAGGAAGGAGUUCCUGAGCGAGCUGCAGAGGAAGGAGGAGGAGAUGAGGCAGAUGUUCGUCAACAAAGUCAAAGAGACAGAGCUGGAGUUGAAGGAGAAAGAAAGAGAGCUCCAUGAGAAGUUUGAGCACCUGAAGCGGAUCCACCAGGAGGAGAAGCGCAAGGUGGAGGAGAAGCGCCGGGAACUCGAAGAUGAGACCAACGCCUUCAACUGCAGGAAGGCCGCCGUGGAGGCCCUGCAGUCCCAGGCCCUGCACGCCACCUCGCAGCAGCCGCUAAGGAAGGACAAGGAUAAGAAGAAAUCUUGACCCUCAGCCUGCGACGACCCAAACUGAAGCGAAUUCUCUGCUUUGUUCGUCACACAUGCCAAACUGAACUGCCCUUUCCCAAGUUGUCCAUCUCGCUGUCUUUUGCUUCUGUUUUGAUUCGGUCUACGUAUCUUUUUGUUUGUGGUGGUGGUUGUUGGUUUUUUUUUUUUAAUGUGUCUGUUUUUUUUUGUUGUUGUUGUUGUUCUGUUUGUUUUAUUUUUAUUUUUCAGUUAAUGCACGCACAGACUUACAUGUCAAGAGCGGACUUUAGACUUUCAUGUGUUAAGUUGCUUGAGUUACACCUUGUGACCCUUCUCGUAUAACAUGGUAUGAGGAUGGACUAGGAGCCGGUACAGACUCCAGUGUUUACAGCUUUGCCUCGCUCCCCCUCUCCCCUUUCCCCAACUCCAAACCCCAACCCAACCCAGCCCUGGUCUCCCAGGAUUCCCCCAUCCCUGGACCUGGUGGGCUAGCCCUUCUCUAUGCAAAUGUCAAAAGCCAUGAAUGCUGGAAUCCAAAACUGACAAGGUUUAUUUUUUUCAGAGCCAGUGGCUGGUCUUCCAUUUACAGUGUCACUAUCCCUUGAUGGAGAGGUGACUGUCACUCUAUAGAGUGAAGGUCCCAACUUGGUGAUGCUAAGGCCUUAACAGUUCGCUAUCAAGAUGGCAACUCUCGCGGUGCCUUAGGUGUGUGGCCUGUGGUUUGGUAUCAUGCUACAAAAGUUGCCCGAUUUCCCCCUUUCCGUUGCGUUUUUUUUUUUUCUAACCUAGAACUUACUACUACGCAUGAUAACUUCGGAAUACUUCUAGAUUUUGGCACCCGGGUAAAGACAAAUAAUCUCCUCUCCCAUGAUUUUCAUAAAUAACAGAUUCCUUUAUUUUUUCAAAACUAAAAACAAAACAAAAACCACCCUCUAAACUUCUCUUAUGUAUGAAGUACCGACUAAUAUAUCCAGGGAGAGGUGGGUAAUAAACUUCCUGUAAUGACA